GGUGUAUCUGGUGCUAUCAUUUUUGUAGCGGUAUGGCUAAUUAAAAAGUAUGGCGACAUUACAAAGAUUACAACUGAUGAGUACACUUUGGUACCAUGUGGAAUCCUAGUUGGAGUGGGUGUCCUGAUCUUUAUCACUGCCUUGUUUGGUUGCUGUGGAACAUGCCGUGAUAACAAAUGCUGUCUGUCCGCGUUUUUUGCACUACUUCUCAUUGUGUUUGCAUUGGAGAUUACAGCAGGUGUCUUAGGAUAUAUCUACAAGGAUAAGGCUAAAAGCUUUGUGCAGGAUGGUUUCCAGGAUGCAAUUGAGCAUUAUGAUGAUAAAGACACAACUUUAGAUAAAGCUGUAGAUGGACUCCAGAAAAAUCUGAAAUGUUGUGGCAAUGAGAAACCUACUGAUUGGUCUCCAUAUGCUUUGAAACAUCAUGGCCAAUACCCUCAGUCCUGCUGUCCUCCAGCAAGGUUGAAAUGUACAAAAGUCAAUGCAUAUGAUAAGGGCUGCUUGAAAAAAUUGACUGAGGAAGUUGAAGACAACCUUAGUUACAUUAUGGGGUCAGGUAUUGGACUGGCUGUGCUUCAACUGCUGGGAAUGAUUGGAGCAUGUUCCUUGAUGUGUAGUCAGCGGUCAGGAUACCUUCGAAUGGAGGGUGGAUUGCGAGUCUGAUCAGAUGGAUUCUCACAGC